CGGCGCGAGGGGCGCGAUGGGCGCGAGGGGCGCGCUGGGCCGGCUGCUGCUGGGGCUGCAGCUCUGCGCGCUGACCAGGGCCGCCUACAAAAUCUGGGUCCCCAACACCGACUUCGACAAUGCGGACAACUGGAGCCAGAACCGGACCCCCUGCGCAGGCGCCGCCGUGGAGUUCCCGGCGGACAAGAUGGUGUCAGUCCUGGUGCGAGGAGGUCACAGCGUCUCGAACAUGCUCCUGCCCCUGGACGGGGAGUUCGUCCUGGCCGCGGGGGCAGGAUUCAGUGCCGCGGACACCAGCGUAAACCCGGACUGCGACCCCGGCGCCCCCGCGCGCUUCCUCGACCCCGACCGCUUCUCGUGGCACGACCCGCGCCUGUGGCGCUCGGGGGACGCGGCGCGCGGCCUCUUCUCACUGGACGUCGAGCGCGUGCCCUGCCGCCACGAUGACGUGGUCUUCCCGCCGGACUCCUCCUUCCGGGUGGGCCUCGGCCCGGGCGCCCGCGCCCUGCGUGUGGGCAGCGUCUGGGCUCUGGGCCAGAAGUUCACAAGCGACGAGGACCUGGCUGGCUUUCUGGCGUCCCGCGCCGGCCGCCUGCGCUUUCACGGGCCGGGCGCGCUGAGCGUGCGCCCCGAGACCUGCGCCGCCCCGUCGGGCUGCGUCUGCGGCAACGCCGAGGUGCAGCCCUGGGUCUGCGCGGCCCUGCUCCGGCCCUCGGGCGGCCACUGUCCGCCGGCCGCCUGCCGCGACGCGCUCCGGCCCGAGGGGCAAUGCUGCGCCCUCUGCGGAGCCAUCGUGUCGCUGACCCACGGCCCUGCCUUUGACCUGGCGCGGUACCGGGCGCGGCUGCUGAGCGACUUCCUGACCUUGCCCCAGUACCAGGCGCUGCAGGUGGCCGUGUCCAAGGUGCCGCGCCCACCCCAGCCCCGCGAGGCCCCGGGCGAGGCCGACACGGAGAUCCAGGUGGUGCUGGCGGAGCCCGGGCCCGAGACGGGCGGCGCGGGGCGGCUGGCCCGGGCCCUCCUGGCGGACGUCGCGGAGCACGGGGAGGCCCUCGGGAUCUUGUCAGCGACCUUCCGGGAGUCGGGCGCGCCCGUCGGGGACGGUUUGCACCGACCGGGGUCGCGCGUGGGGCUCGCGAGCGGCUUGGCAGCUGCGCUGUUCCUGUUGCUAUUGGUGCUGCCGGCAGGGGCGCUGUUGCUGCACCGCGCAGGGAAGCUCAGGUGGAGGAGGCGCGAGGAGACGCCCUUGGGCUUCCACAACCCGGUGUUCGACGUGGCAGGCUCCGUGCAGCAGCCCCCGGCACCUGCACCCACGGCCGCCGAGAGCACCAGCCAGAGCUACUUCGUCAACCCGCUGUUCAGUGCGACCGAGACGGACGCCUGAGGGGCCGGGCGGCCUGACCUGCCCUCGCCCCGCCUCGCCCAUGGCCCAUGCGGGUCACAGCCUCGGGGUGCUCGCCUCUUGCCAGCCCCCUGGGGCGCCGCCAAUAAAGGGGUUCCCUGCA